AUGUCAGAUUAUAUAUCUAGUGAGUUGAUUGAUGAAAUAUUCACAAGGUUACCAGUGAAAUCCCUCCUUCGAUUUAGAACUCUUUCUAAAUCAAUUUGUGCCCGUAUAUCUAGCCCUGAUUUCAUCCGCAAGCACGCACUGCAAUCUCCUCCAAAAUACUUGAUUCGGCACAGGUAUUUUGACUGCCAUGAAAACUUCGACUACUACACAGUACAUUCAGAAGACCAAUUACCAUUGCGUAAUUCGGGUGGAUACAAUGACGAAACAACAUUUAAGUUUCCCUACAGAGAUACCUUUAAAAUAGGAGGUUCAUGUAAUGGUAUACUUUGUGUUUAUGAAAAAGCUGCAUAUUCUUACUACUUUGUCCUAUGGAACCCUUCUAUUAGACGCAAACUUACACUACCCGAAGUUCCUUUUGAGGAUCCUAUUGGUUCUGAUAAAGUUUCAGUGGGGUUUGGUUUCGACUCACUUAAUAAUGACUACAAGAUUGUGUGGUUUUCAAUUGCAGAGUAUAGACUACCUUCAGUAUUAGCUAGUGAUAAUAGUUGGAUUUGGGUACUGAGGGAGGAGCAUGAUGAUACGUCUUGUUGGUCUGUUUAUUCUGAAUCUCACGGUGAUGUUUAUAAACGUGAAAGAGAUAAGUUUUAUGAACUGAGCACCACUGGUGAUUUCCUGCUCCAGAAUUACUAUACAACGCCUGAAGUUUAUAAUCUUGAAACAGAAACAAAAGCCCUUCAAAUGCGUAUUGAAGAUUCUCCUAAUGUCGAAAUAGAAAAGUAUGUUGAAAGCCUUGAAUUGUUGGGCGCAGGAUUGUUAGGCAAAGGAAAAGCAGCCAUAUUUUGCUCGAAUUAA